AUGAAUAUAGACAAAGCCCUUUGUGAUCUAGGUGCAAGUGUGAGUGUGAUGCAUUUGUCAAUGUGUAAGAAGCUUGAUGUGGGGGAACUUAAGCCUACAACAAUUUCAUUACAAUGGGUUGAUCAAUCUAUGAAAUACCCUGUGGGCAUUCUAGAAAACAUCCCUAUCAAGGUGGGAAAAUUUUUUAUCCCAGUUGAUUUUGUUGUCCUGGAAAUGGAGGAAGAUGUCCAAAUCCCUAUAAUAAUGGGAAGACCUUUUUUAGCAACUACUGGAGUUAUUGUAAAUGUUAACAAUGGACUGCUGACUCUCAAGGUAGGAGAUGAAGAAGUGGAGUUCAACCUGUUUAGCGCAAUGAAACACAAAUUUGAACCCGAUGAAUGCUUCAAGGUAGAUAUAAUUGACAAGCAAGUUGAAGAGGAAUUUAUUAAACCACACCUAGAGGAUCCUCUAAGAGCAUCCAUCAUACACAGCCACACAACAGAGAAAGAGAACACAGAGAUUGCAGCUUGUGCGCAAUCCUUGAUUGUAAUGCCCUCGCUUUAG